CGCGUGACAGCCAACGAAGCCCCAGUAAACACACUGACCUGACGGCCGCUGCUGCGCGUGCUGCUGUUGUUGCUCUGUCUUCUUGUCACGGGAGGAUAUUCUGCGGAGUGCACCUGGCUGUCUGAUGGAGACCAGACAACAAGGUUUUCUGGACUCGGAGCCACUGAGAGAAGCUGACGAAGACAUGGCGUCAGAGAUCGACCUAAACAACUGCCUCUUGACCGAGGAGGAGAGAGAGGAGAUCCAGCAACAGCUCGCUAAACUGGAGGAGGAGAUCAGUACGUUGCGGCAGGUCUUGUCUUCCAAAGAGAAGCAGCACGCAGAGCUCAAACAGAAACUUGGCGUAGGUUCUCUGAGCGAGCUCAGGAACAACUUAAGCAAAGGAUGGCACGACAUGCAGACCUCCACAGCCUAUAAGAAGACCUCGGAGACGAUCUCCACAGCCGGACAGAAAACCUCCGUCGCGUUCACCACGCUGGGCAGCGCCAUCACCAGGAAGUUCGGGGACAUGAGAAACUCUCCCAGCUUCAAGUCUUUUGAGGAGAAAGUCGAGACUACAGUUUCUACUCUAAAGACAAAGGUGGGCGGUGCAGAGACAGGGGGCAGCUUCGAGGAAGUCCUCUCCUCCGCAGCGAACGCCAGCUCUCAGGACACGCCCACUAACAACUUGACGGACGGCUCCGAGAGGCCGUGAUAGAGCGGCACCGUAAAGGCUGGACUCAAAGACCAGGAACUGCUGUAGUGCAGAACGUAUCUUCUAAAUACUCUGACUGAAAUGUUACAGAACACCUGUGUUAGAUCCCUCGUGUUAGGAUGCUUACAACCAUGUUUGAGAUGAAGCCUCCUAACACUAGAUGCAACACUGAAUGCUUGAAAGGAAGUUUAAGAAAUGUCUUGUUUGGACCAAAUGUACCCUAAAUAUUCCAAAUAGGCAGUUGGCUGCCUUUAUUUUUUAAAAGAUCACAACAGCAAACCUACUGUAAUGGAGGGCUAAUAAUAAACCCAGUGAGACCCUCAGAUAAUUCCACACAUAACUCAACUCGGUUUAAAGGAAACAUCCUUUGUAACAAUCUAAAAGACAUUAUACAUUUGACCAAGAGGUUAAUGUCUUUGUUGAAUUGCUCUUUCUAUAGUGUGGUGCACUCAACCAAUAGGAGUGUAUUGCCAGCUCCAUACCACAGACGUUGAUCCAAUGAGGUGAGACGCAGCUAAGCUUGUGAAAACAGCCAGUACAGUAUCACAACUUUACUUCACUACACCUGUCGUACCAAAAACUACAUUUUUAGGGUAUUCAUAGAAAUAAGUAGUUGAUAAUAGUCUUUAUGUUACAUUUUCAAGUACCUUGUACUUUUUACUAAAUGUUUUUAAAUCUACAUACAGUAUAACCCACAUUGAUGGAAUCCUGAAAUCCUGGGUAAAACUAAUUAUUUGUAAACUUGUACAAAUGACUUUUCAAUACGACUAAAGAUCUGAAAUGUUGUUAUGGCAACUAAAAAUAUAUUUGAUGGAAUAACUUUGCAAAUGCAGCCAGUUAUAAUGCUUUUUGAAAAUAACAGCCUAUUGUUCUACGCAUAGCUGAAUGCAAAAUACUGACAGAGGCUUGCUAGAAUAUGAAGGUUGCGCAAAAUUAUAUAAAUCACUUAUGCUGAGAAUUAUCUUCUUCACUCUAGCAGUUGAAAAUUGACAUUUUUAAACAUUGUGUUGAACUGCUGUACAUUAGUGCUGGAUUCAUACAUGCAUACACAUGACAUUUGACCCUGAAAUGGUUUCUGUGGUCUUUUGCCUCUGUUACUGAUGACAAAAUAACAUUAAUACACCGAUUUCUUUUAACUUCCUGGUGCAGGACAAACUGUUAAAUGCUGCGAGAUAACAUAAAGUUUUACUGAGUAUGUUAGGAAAAGGUUGGUGCCACAAAAUGUUAAACAUGUUUAUUAAUUUGUGUGUAAAAACAUUGUUUUAUUUUUAACUUUUCAAGUACCUGCAUAACUUUGCCAUCAAGUUUCAAUAUAUAUUCUCCGUUUCAUGUUUCACUUAUGUUUCAUUUUGUUAUUUUUUGCCGUGGUUUGAGAAGAUCUCCGGGAUCGUUUCAUGUUUAAUGAAAUGUGUUCAAUAAUAUUCAUGUUAACGUUCAUAUAUUGAAAUACUGAGGUAAUGCAUGUUCUGAUAUUGGAACAUAAACUACUGAUCUGUGACAUUCAGAAAACAUUGUGUUUGACAUCUGCAUACAAAUAAUCACAAACUAUUAUAAACAACUGUUUUUAUGGCUGAUGGAAUGAUAUUAAAGAUUGUUUACCCAAACUAAAAA